AUGGCAAAAAAGAAGUUAAAUCUAACUUUCAUCCCCAAUAAAGUGAUUAGGAAACGAACAUUCAACCGGAGGAAGGAAGGAUUUAAGAAGAAACUCAAUGAUCUCAAGACUUUAUGCAAUGUCGAUGUAUGUGCUGUCAUCUACAAUCCAUUUAACUCAACUCCAGAUGCGUGGCCAUCGGAAUCUGGGGUGAAUAGUGUGAUCGAGAAGGCAUUAAUGGUGACAGAGAAGAAAUGUGAAGUGCUGAACCAUGAAAAAUUUCUCAAUCAAUACAUUGAAAAAGUAAGAAAACACGAGGAUAAGUUGGUUGAAGAUAAUAAAGAAAUUCGCCUAAAGGAGGCCAUGUUCAAGUGUCUUGGUGGUAACAUGAAAGAUUUUCAAAUGAACGAUAAAGAUCGUUCUGACUUGUGUGAGUUUCUUGAUGGAUAUCUUAAGGAUCUUUAUCAUCAUAAAAAGGUAAAUCUCAACCAGCCAACUUUUGAAAUUGGAGAAUCUUCUUCAAUGCAAAUGGCAAGAACUGCUACUACUGCAAACAUGGCAGAUGCGGACAUGGCACCAACCGAUGUAUCCCCAUUCAUGGCACCACCUAGUAUGGCUGAAGUGGGUUUUUCUUCCUUUCUGAAUGCUCUAUUCUUCAACUAUCCUCAACCAACCAAUGAGUUUGAGCUCAUAGUCUCUCCAAAUCAAACACUAGGAGAUAUGAAUUUUCUUGUAAGUACUCUUUUCCUCAGUGAUAACCAAGAAUUUUGUGGUCCAACUAUGAAUCAGAUUUGUUUGUUGUGAUAAUUCCAUUCCAUGACCCUUUCAAACCAUGGAGCAGAUCAUGUUGAUUUUCAGAUAAGUGAUAACAAUCAAGAAGUUUACAUUCCAUCAGUGGAUCAGGAUGAAAUUCACUAUCCAAAUCAAACUUAUGAUGGAAAUCAACAAGGAUUCAUUGAAGAGAUGAUCAAAUAUGCUGAGGAAACAAAUUUUCCUUGGAUAGUAGACAAUCCCAACAAGUUCUAA